ACUAGACUUUCUUGUCUUGUCUCUUUCUUUUGCCCUAAUCUUCAUCAAUAAUUCUUCCCACUACCUGGUUUAUUUAUACCCUAAAAAUAAUCUUUCUCAUCACACAACAAGCAACAAACAAAUUUACAUGAAAUAUUUUUGAAAACCCACCAAAAGAAUUUUUUUUUUUUCUUAAAAAAGAGUCUAUAAAUAGAAAGAGAGGAAGAGAGUGAAGUACUAAUAGUAGUAAUAGUGUGAGUGUUAGUAAUACAUAAAAAUAAUAUUUUUGUAUUUAAGAGAAGAAAAAAAUGGGAGUUCAAGGAACAUUAGAGUAUUUAUCAGAUGUGAUUAGUAAUGCAAAGAAAGGAAAAAAAAGAAAGCAAAUUAAUACAAUUAAUCUUAAAGUUUCUAGAAUUGAUUGUGAGGGUUGUGCCAUGAAGAUUAAGAAUGCUCUCUCUGGUGUUAAAGGAGUGAAAUCAGUAGAUGUGGAUAUGAAGCAACAAAAGGUGACAGUGACAGGAUUUGUGGAUCAAAAGAAGGUUUUGAAAGCAGCAAAAGCAACAAAGAAGAAGGUUGAAUUAUGGCCUUAUGUGCCUUACAAUAUGGUGGCACAUCCUUAUAAAGUUGGUGCAUAUGACAAAAAAGCCCCUCCCAAUUUUGUUAGGAAGGUUGAGGACUCUAUGACUCCUUUAGAAGAACAAUAUACCACCAUGUUUAGUGAUGAAAAUCCUCAAGCUUGUGCUAUUAUGUAAUUCUUAAAUAAGACGGUUUUAUGGUGAGAUUAUUUCUAUUAGGCUGAUUCGUGUACAUUUAGUUUAUUAUAGUGAUCACUUACAUUUUAAAGUGAUUAGUUAGAGAAAUGGGUGAGACGGUCUUAUACAAGACGAGUUUUAUUAUAAUGUGUACUUCAUAUUGUAUGUAUUGUUUAGGGAAGAGUCUUAGUGUAGUCUUAUCAGGAGUUCGACCCCUUCAAUUCCGUUUUAGUGGAAGUAUAUUGUUGGAAGAGUCGUUGUGUGUAUUAAUUAGAGUUUGGUUCCUUUAAAGUUCAAGUAUUCCUACAAAAAAAAUACUAAAAUAACUAAAUUAUCCCUUUUAUUUUUUUUAA